ACCAGGGCAGAGAAGCGUCCUUUAAAUCCGCAAUCAAAACAGGUUUCGCGCCACCCUGGCCGCGCGCUCUGCGCCAUACGUCCACAUUGUCCACAUUGAUUGCAUUCACGCUAGGAAAAUACUUGCACGCAAUGGCAAAAUCAGCUCCGACCACGCGUGUGCCAAUUUCUGGCAAGAAAACGCCCGCCAAAGCAUCGCACUCGACCACUGCCAAAACAAAGCAGGCGAGCACGGCGCGCAAGGCGACGACGAGCAAGAAGGACUCGAGCAAGAAGAAGCCGCGCGGCAAGACCGAGGCCGAAGAGCCCUACCCGACGUGGGCCGCGCCCACGCCGGCCGCGGCCGUCGAGGCCGUCGCGCGCCUCGCGACGGUCCACGGCCUGCCGUCGCCGCCGGAGCGCAAGUCCAUCCUAGAUUCGCUGGUACGAACGAUCCUGUCGCAGAACACGACGGACAAGACGAGCGCCGUCGCCUUCGCGCGGCUGAAGGAGGGCCUGCCAACGUGGUCGCAGGUGCUGGAUGCGCCGGAGGGCGUCGCCGAGGACCUCGUGAGGUGCGGCGGCCUCGCGGAAGUCAAGAUGGAGCGCGUGCGCGCCAUCCUGCGCGACGACCGCGUCCGCACGGACGGCGAGCCGUCCCUCGAGUGGCUCCACGAGCGCGACGACGACGAGGUCAAGCGCGUGCUGACGUCGUUCAAGGGCGUCGGGCCGAAGACGGUCGCAUGCGUCAUGAUGUUCACGAUGGGCCGCGCCGAGUUCCCCGUCGACACGCACGUUUUGCAUAUAGCGAAGAAGCUGAACUGGCUCCCGGCGGACGCGUCGCGCGAGCAGGCCUACGAGCACCUGAACCGGCGCGUGCCCAACGAGUGCAAGCUCGACCUGCACAUCCUCCUCGUCGAGCACGGCAAGUGCUGCGCGAAGUGCGCGAAGAACGGCAAGCUCCAGAAGAAGGAGUGCGCCGUCGACGCGUGCCCACUAGUAGGAUUGUAAGUUACUCCCCCG